AUGCUUACCAAACAUAGAGGUGCUAUUUGUCUGACAAAAUACGACUUGGACACUCCUGAAAAAUUGCAAGAAACCCUCAGAGCUAUUCUUAGCAAUCCAAGCUACGCUCGAAACGCUCAACGUUUGAGUGAGAUGUUACGCAACCAGCCAAUAAGCCCAAAACGACUAUUCCUUCGACAUAGCGAAUUUGCUGCAAAAUUUGGUCGUCUGCCUAGUUUGAAUCCGUACGGAUGGCAGCUGUCAAUUAUACAAUACUAUUUAAUCGAUGUUGCACUACUUCUCAUAACAAUCUUUGCUAUUGCCAAUUAUGUGAUAAUCAAAGUGCUUUUGAAAUGUCUUUCAAUAGCAAAGAAAGUUAAGAAAGAGUGA